AUGUCCGAAAAUCAAGCUCUAAAAGAAAUUUAUAAUACUUUGAAGUUAUGUGAUUUUUGCACCAGAAAAAUAGGUUUAACAUUCAAAGCUACAUCUAAUAAUUUAUUUCGAAAAUUGUGGACAAAUUUAUGGUUCUUUAUUUCUGGUCUUAUUUUAUUUCUGAUGGUCGCUGGCGAGAUCAAUUACGUCGUUAAUAAGCUGGUUAUGUCAUCGUCAGUGGUGGAAUUUGUAUCAGGUUUGCAUAUCGCUGGUUAUGAUACGAUGAGUUUUGGCAAAUUGUUGACGCUUUGGUACAAAAAAGACACUUUUAAACACCUUUUGAUUGAGCUGGCGGAUAUCUGGCCGAUGUCCGAACGCGAUAAGGAGGCCGUUGAGAUUAAACAAAAAAAGCUUUCGCGACUACGCAUUGCUCAAUUUUGGUAUGCAUUCUGGAAUAUAUUAGGAUUAUGGUUAUACAAUCUAACUCCAAUAGUUGUGUAUUUGUAUCAGAAGAUUCAAGGCGCGCCGGCUUAUUUGGAUUAUAUAUGGCAUUUGUCUUAUCCCUUUGAUAAAACUAAGCCCGUAUACCACGAAAUCGUCUUUGUCUUUGAGAUGUAUGGAGGAGUGGUAUCGGUUUGGUCGAUGCUUGGAUCCGAUAUACUAUUUACGACGAUGUCAAGUCAUAUUAGUAUGCUUCUGGAACUACUGCAGUUAAAAAUACGAACUUUAUCCUACAUUGAAACCACUAAUAUGAACAAUUCGUAUGAAGAUAUUGUUUCCGUCGUGAAAAUACAUCAAAAGCUCAUAAAAUACGGUAAUGAUUUGGAAGAUGCGUUCUCUAUGGUGAAUCUAAUAAACGUUCUCUUGAGCUCUGUUAAUAUUUGCUGUGUCGUCUUCAAUAUCUUGUUGGAGCCGUGGAUGGCAAUGAGCAACAAAUUCUUUUUAGGUGCAGCACUGACACAAGUGGGUAUUUUAUGUUGGUAUGCAGACGACAUUUACACUGCUAGCACAGGUGUGGCGGAAGCAGUGUAUGAAAGCACCUGGUACCACAGCGACACGCGCAGUCGCGGUGCCUUGCUUAUAAUGAUGCAAAGAUCACAAAAGCCAUUAUAUUUCACAGCGAUGAAAUUUAGUUCCAUCACAAUGAAGACGUACAGCUCCAUACUCACCACUUCUUAUUCAUAUUUUGCAUUACUCUAUACUAUUUAUAGAAGUGAUUAGAUUGCGGUUUGUAUACAUAGAAUUUACAGUCUUUUAUUAUGUUCUUCUUCUCGGCAUGUGUUUCCAACA